ACGAGUGACUCGGAGUCUAUGGUUCGUUGUAAGGAAUUCCGUUGACAAGGACGUACGGAGGUGGACUGGAUCGUGGGAGGACGCAGGUCGCCUUGGCCAUCAGCACCUCGCCAGGCUGAGUCUGCGGGAGCCUGCGCGCGGUGCGACAUCGGGGAGCGUCGUAAAACUGCUGUAAUGUCGUGUCUUUGCCGCACGACAGCUAUUGGUUUGUCCACCUUACAGCCUCCAAACCUUUAUAAUUUUCGUUCUUCUUUGUAAACCACAAGAAAAAGAUCUUUUCGCCGUUGGAUACGUUAAAGAGCGUCCCCGAGUGUCCUCCCGCCUCUUGGACCUGGCAACUGUCACGUGCACGGGGGGUCUUCUUCCUGUUGACCCAGUCUGCCUUGAGGAAAAGAAAAAGGCAGAGAAUAUGGUAGUCCACCGCCUGAGAGAUUUUUAUCAGGAUGUGAGGUCGUCAAACCCAGUCUGAUCUCCUGGUUGGAGGAGGAAGAUUUACAAGAAGUGCAAAGAGAAGGUUUCCAGGAACAGGAGAUGCAAGGCACUUUAAGGAAACAAACUUCUAAGGUGGUACAAACGGCAGAAAGACAUAGUGCUUUGGACCUCUGUGAUUAUAUGCAACAUAAAGAUAUCUUCAGAGAACAUUCAUAUUUUAAAAGGCAUAUGCAAACUGAAAACUCAGAGCACACCUGUGACUCUAAUCAGUAUGGAAAGCAUGUUCCCACUCUGCAUAAGGAAAUAUCUAUGAGACAGGAAUUUUCUGUGUUGAAUCAGUAUGGAGGAAAUUUUAGUGUGACUCCAAAUGUCACUCAGCAGGGAACAGGCUUGCAGGACAAACCUGUUGAAUGCACUACCUUCCUUAGUCAGUCAUAUUUUAAGGCACAUAUGAGAAUCUAUAAUGGGGAAAAGUUCUGUGAAUUGAUUCAAUUUGCAGGAGAUUUUACAUGUCCCACAAGCGGAGCUCUACCUAUUCAAAAGUGUACCAUAAAAGCCUAUGAGUGUAAGACUUGUGGGAAAGUCUUCGGGUAUUCUUCAAAUCUUAAUAGUCACAUGCAGACCCACACGGGAGAGAAGCCCUAUGAAUGUAAGGUUUGUGGGAAAGUCUUUGGGUAUUCUUCAAAUCUUAAUAGUCACAUGCGGACCCACACUGGGGAAAAACGUUAUGAAUGUAAAAUAUGUAAGAAAUCCUUUACUACUUCUUCAAGUCUAACUGAACAUUUCAGAAUUCAUACUGGAGAAAAACCAUAUAAGUGUAAGGAAUGUGGAAAAGCUUUUACCAAGCACUCAGGACUUUCCAUACAUGUACAAACACAUGCUGAACAGAAGCCCUACGUCUGUAAGUUAUGUGGGAGAUCCUUCACUAUUUCUUCAAAGAUGAUCGACCAUUUAAGAAUUCAUACUGGAGAGAAACCCUAUCAAUGUAAGGAAUGUGGGAAAGCCUUCCACGCAUCUUCCUACCUUCAUAAACAUCUAAGAACACGUACUGGAGAGAAACCCUAUAAAUGUGAUAGGUAUGGGAAAGCCUUCCACACUUCCGCCUACCUAUGGGAACAUGUAAGAACUCACAGUGCAGAGAAACCUUAUAAAUGUAGGGAAUGUGGAAAAUCCUACAAAAGAUGUUAUCUAUUGAAUGAACACUUAAAAACAUAUGGUGGAUAAACCCUUUGAUUGCAAGGUAUGUGGAAAGUCUUUUAGAAGCUGUGCAUGCCAUAAUAAGCACAUUCGUCUUCACACUGGAAUCAAACCUGAUAAAUGUAAGUAUUGUGGGAAAGACUUUACUGUUUCUUCAAGUCUCACCAAAUA